AGAGUAAACUACACGCAUUAACUUCUUCGUCUCUACACGCGACGCGCGCAUCGGACCGCGCGCUCGAGUUUCGCGCCAUCGCGAAAUUUAAAAUUCGAACAUCGCGUCCUUUCGAACAAAAUUACCAAUGUCAUCGUAAUAAAAAAAAAUAUAUAGCUGUCAUUUUUUGGCGGGAGUGUUGUGAUUUUUUUCUUUUUUAUUCAGUGCUGUAAGUGUCAUAUCGGCUGAGUUUACAUUAUAUUUGCACAAGUGAACGAUAAGGAUUUUCAAGGCUUCCAUUUUUCACGUUUCAAAGAUUGCUACAAAAUCACAAAUCUCUCGUAGAUUAUAAUGUAAACUCAGUGGCAUGUUAUACUAAAAUAAUAAAGUGAUAAGUGAACAAAAUGCUGGAGUACCUUGCUGUACUGCUGAUCGGCUUUUGGCUGGGCGUGGCUAUCUUCUUAUACGUGUCAUGCUUCUGGCUUGAGGAGAUAUUGGAUCUACCAAAACCAUCCGCCACACACACGCACAGCCGCCACUCGGUUGGCGCUACGGGCGCUCACGCACAGCUUAAGCGCUUAGUAGCGAGAGUGGUGGAGGAAGCUGCAGCGCUGCCAGCGCUCGCGAGAUACGCUGCCGAACCACACACGCCGACAGAGUCUUCGUAUGAAGAUCUUUUGGCGACUGCAAUUUUAAAUAAGGUAAUCGAGCGCUACCAAACCGAGAGUGGGUCGGGAGGUCGGAGCAGCGGUAUACACUCGGCCAGCGCCAGCCCCUCGCCGUCUGAGGGGACACCCCCACGAUCCCUGCAUUCAAGGAGUACUAGAGAAAUAUCACCCCCGCAUGUUGAAGAUGUCUCAGAUUGGGAAGAAGGUGAGGCCACUGAUGACGCAGUGGAGUUGCCGCGUCGCAUUCCGUUCCCAGAGUACGGCGGAGAUAUUAUACAUGAGACAGAAAAUGCUGACCGCGAUUUCGAUGAAGUAUCCGGUAGUGACAUACAAGCAGUCGACGGUUCUUGGGAAGAAAAUUGGCUGUUCCAAAAGAAGAAGAUAAAGAACAUUCAAUCAGUUCCAGUACCAAUGCUAGUACCUAAUUCCAACACUGAGUACAGAGCGCUUAUAGGAGACAGAGACGCGGAUGACACAACCGACCUUUCAGACAACGCAAGCGAUACUGAAGAACAAGAAAUAGAAUACAAGAGUGAUAUUAAAAAUGUAUUAGACUCAAAACACGUUAUUGGCGGUAAAAUCAAAAUAGAUGACGCUUUAGACUUUGAACCAGACAGCCUUAUGUCCGUAGAUGGAACCGACGAAUUUGAAAAGAUCUACAACGAAUAUUCUAAAAGUGAAGACACGGUCGAUUCAGUAGACCCAGAUGCAGUCAUCAAGAAUAUGGUUCAUGAAGAAAUUGAUAUAAAUCACGACGAUUCACAUGACUCCAUACUCUUAGUGGGAGUAGAUAGUGGCCCAAUAACAAAAACUGAAUUCAACUUGAAGGAAGAAAUUCACAGAACUGUAAUUAACGGUCACGCGAUAUACGAUGACGUGGCUGACUCUAAAGAGAUAAUGAAAGACAGUCUCGAGAGUAAUGGCAGUGUUAACGAGAAAGGUAAAGUUUUAAUAAUAAAAAUUACAAUGAAUGAGUGAUUAUUUGAUUGUAAUUGAACAAUUAUUGUAGAAUCAACGAAUAUGAAUACGCUGAGCCGUCACGAACGAGAAGGUGAAUACGAAGAGACGGUAACCAUCCCAGUACAAAGGUACGCUGACAGCUUACGUAGAAAACACUUUGAAGAGGAACCUAACACGUGAGUAAUUGCUAUUCCAGGAUCCAUUGCAUACCGAGAACGCAAGAAGUGGCUUAACUACGUCGAAAUGCCCAACAAUCCUUACUCCCCAGAGGCAAUUAAGAAAAGAUUAUCCGCAAAGAGCACAUCAUCUCUAUUUGAUACGUUGACAAGCAAAACCACCGAAGACAAGUAUGCGUCAAACGAAAACGUAACAGAAAACAUAACAGUUCAAAACAGUAAGGACACUAAAACCAUUGCAAUGAGUCAGAGUACUGAAUGUUUAAGAAACGGCAGAACACCAAGUCCUUCACCGAGAGUAUUAAAAGACGUUCUAGCGGAGGAUGUUCCACAAUAUAAACGCUACGGCAGAGACUACUAUAUCAAAGAGGCGAAACUUUCAUCCGGAGGACGCGAAAAGACGUUCAGCGACACCAGCUCGAUAUCCAGUUCGAUCAACAAGUCGAGCAGUUUAGACAAUUUCGAUGGCGAGUUCGCGUCGCCUGUAAGUGCCAGCAGCUCCCUGAGCGAGCUGGAAGCCUGCGCCCUCCAUCAGAACAUCGUUCGCGCCGUAUUCAGCCCCAGAAACGCUAGCCCCAACUUUGCCAUAAACCCCAUUUUCGAAAACCCCAUAGACUCUGACGAUUCUCAAAAUAUUACACAUCAUUAUAUGGUUAUGAGAAAUUCAUUAUUAAUAAAACAAUUCAACACAAUUGCUGCCAAUCAAGAGUAUACAAAAUUCGGUGGCAAAGAGCAAAUGCCGAAAUCAAUAACUACAGGCCCAAUUGAUGAUGAGAACGAUAUACUAAUAGAUUAUGAGGAUAAUGACGAACAAACAAUAUAUGUAGCGAAACCAGCCCUAGUUGAAGAAACGGAUAGACAGUUUGACGAAAUAUUGGCAAUAACCAGAUCAGAUCAACAUUUAGGCGUUCCAGAUGUUCACGAAUUAGAAAAAUCACCGUCGAAUAACAGUAUAGAAAAUUCGAUCGGUUCGAGCAGCAUUGAAGAUUCCAUCAAAAUAUAUAACGUACAAACUGGCGAGAUAGUGAAAUGUAAACCUGAAGAUAACGUAUCGCGAUAUGAACAAGCCGCUGACGAUGACAAAAUGAAUUCAGCUGAUAAGGAAAUCCCGGGAGAAAUUGUUGAUAGGCUCAGUCAGAAUGCUCACCUUGAUGACGACACAUUGACGAGAAUAGAUCUGAGGGAAAAUAAACUGCAGAAGAUCAGCGAAAUAGAUGAAAUACUGCCGCAAUUACCUAAAGUGAAGGAGUUGGCUAAAAAAUUCGUUAGUAUGGAUAAUCUAAGUGAACCGUCCAAGCCACCCCACGAACUAUGGCGUAAAAGAAGUAGGGAGAACCUUCUAGAAUCAAAGAACGAUAAAGCAAGCAAGCAAAUGUACAUGCACAGCCUCACAGCGAGAAGUAUUUCAAAGGAAUUUAGGGAAGAGCUUAAAUUGUCAAUGCCCACAAGUAUCAAGGUGCCGGGUGGUGCUAAGGAAAUACCAGAAGGAACUGAAGAAGUCGUAAAAGAAUCCAGCCGACCAGGCAGUCCCGUACCUGAACCAGGCACUAUUAAAACCAAAUUAGCAUUCUUCGAAAGUUUAAAGUCAAAAUUCAACGGUAAAUAACGGAAAACGUUGACAGGUAAAAGGUUGUGUCGCCAGUGUCAAAAUAUAACGUGUGUACGUCGCUUUAUUUAGUGGCCAUAUCUAAAAUUUGGCUGAUUUGAUAAGCGUUUUUAAUUAACAAUGUGAUCGUAUUGACUGGUAUUUUAUUUAUAGUGAACAUGAUUGAUAUGUACUGAAUUUUGUAUACUGAAGUUCUAUUGGUAAAAUCUUAUUAGAAUAAUGCUAACUACGACUUGUUUCGAUCACCGCAAACUUGUUGUGUAGUUAUUUCAUAAACGAAAAGCGAUUACUGGGUUGGUAGCAAUAUUGUAUGGAAUUAAUAAUUAAUAAUAGAUAAUAUUGAGUGAACAACUGCUUAUAUGGGCAUACUUAAAAUCUGAAUACAGAUAAUGAAUAAAUAAAACUAUUUUGAAGGAGACAUAUUAGCACAGAUAAUAUAAUUGGGAAUGUAAAAUAAUUAUUAUUUAUCAAUUAUGCUAGAUCUAAUCUUAAUUUAUACGAAUAUGAAAUGUAUGAUUAUGAACUAUAUUAAAAGAGCAAAACAAUGUGGUGAAUAUUACUAAAAGGUGCUUUUAGAGUAGGAAUCUUAUUUUAUACAUUUGGUCACAUUUAAUCUAUUUAGGUUAUGGUGUAAAUAAUUUAGAAUAGUGCCAUUUUGUAAUCAUUGUGUAGCGAAUGCCAAAGUUGUAAAUAAAAUAAAUAAUUCAAGUUGUUUAGCGGUUGUGUCCAAAUUAUGAAUUAAUGUAUUUACGAAGUCAAAGACGUGAGGGAGAAUAACCUUGCUUAUCUAUUUAACAUUGGACCACAGAUUAUAACAAAAUGUAUCUUCAAAUUUAAAAAGUGCAAAAGAGAAAUCCUUUGACUUCAAUUAUAAUAAAAUAUAAGGUAAGAUCGGGCUAGGGCAUAAUUAAGUGUUUCUAACUUAAUUUUUGUUAAACUUUUUAUUUAUUCUUAAAUUGUAUAAAUUUAAAGCAUAUUCUAGUGUCAUAUUUAAUCUUUAUAAUUGUACUUACACAGUUUAAAAUUUAUUUUUUACCGCCCUCAGUCGGGUCUAGCCAAAUAUUAUACCAUUCGUGAGUGCAAUAUCAGCCCCUUAUCGUAUGAAAUGUGAUAUUGAGAAAAUAAUUAUAGCAUAAACAAAUAUUUUUGGAUGUGGUGUAUUCUGCUCUGUGGGGUGAAUAAAUUUAUUCAAAAUAUAAAA